AUGCUCCGCCUGGGCCCCGCCCUCCUGGCCCGCUUGGCCCGCGCCCCGCUCCGCGCCCCGCUCCGGCCGUGCGGGGCGGCGGCGGCGGGCCAUGGCAAGGAGCAGGAGCGCUUCGUCUUCCUCGAGUACGAGCCGGAUCCGGCUGAGAGGGCGGCGGCGGCGCCGCGCCGGGAGCGGGAGCUGGAGCCGCGCCGGGAGCGGCGGGCGCGUAGCGCGGCGGCGGCAGUGCCGAGUCUGUCCGACCCGUCGUUGCCGCCGAGCGGCGUGAGCUGCUCGGGCUGCGGGGCCGAGCUGCAGUGCGGGGACGGCGGCGCGCCGGGCUUCGUGCCGACCGAGAGGUACCGCAGCCUCCUGUCCGAGGGCCCCGCGGGGCUGCGCGGCGCCGUGUGCCAGCGGUGCUGGGCGCUGGCGCACCACGGGAGCGCCCUGCGGCUGCGGCUGCCGCCCGAGGAGCACCGCCGCGUGGUGAGCGCGGCCCUGCGCCGCCCGCCGCGCCACGGCCGCGGGCCGCUGCUGCUCUACGUGCUUGACGUGAUGGAGCUGCCCGACCCGGUGCUGCCGCAGCUGCCGGCGCUGCUGGGCCCCGACGUGCCCGCCGCGGGCGUGCUGGUGGUGGGCAAUAAGGUGGACCUGCUGCCCGCAGACUGCCGCGGGCACCUGGGCCGGCUGCGGCAGCGGGUGGCGGCGGCCUGCGCCCGGGCCGGGCUGCGGGGAGCUGGGCUGGUGGACAUCCGCCUGGUGAGCGCCAAGACCGGCUACGGCAUGGAGGGGCUGGUCAGCCGGCUGCAACGCUCCUGGAAGUGCGCCGGUGAUGUCUACCUGCUGGGCGCCACCAACUCUGGCAAGUCCACGCUCUUCAACACCCUGCUGCGCUCCGACUACUGCAAGUCCCGCGCCCCCGACAUCAUCGACAGGGCAACCGUGUCCCCGUGGCCAGGAACAACACUGAACCUGUUGAAAUUUCCAAUUAUUAACCCUACAUGUGACAGAAUAUUCCGAAGGCAGGAGAGGCUAAAAGAAGAGGCAACAAAAACAGAAGAUCAACUAAGCAGUGAAGAAAAAAAGUACAUUAAUCAACUUAGAAAGCAAGGUUACCUAGUGGGAAGAGUUGGAAGAACAUUUCAACAGCAGAAGUCUAGUGCUGAGAUUGACUUCGACCCUGACAUGCUCUCUUACAGCAUGGAUGAAGAUCCUCGAGAUCCCCCUAAGAGGUUUGAGGAAAGAGAGGAGUUCACUUACAAUGAAGUGAAGGAUGCUCGGUGGUGUUUUGACACUCCAGGAAUUGUAAAGGAAGACUGUGUUUUGAAUCUCCUAACAGAGAAGGAAGUAAAACUGGUUUUGCCAUCACAUGCCAUUGUUCCACGGACCUUUAUUCUCAAGCCAGGAAUGGUCUUGUUUUUAGCAGCCUUGGGACGUAUAGACUACUUAGAGGGAGAAAAGCCCACCUGGUUUUCUGUCUUGGCUUCUAACCUGUUGCCAGUCCAUGUUACUACACUGAGUAAUGCAGACACCGUUUAUGAGAAGCAUGCAGCCCAAGAAUUCCUAAAGGUUCCCAUGGGUGGGGAAGAGAGAAUGAAAGAGUUCCCUCCACUUGUCCCUCAGGACAUUACACUGAAAGGAAUUGGUACCACUGAGGCAGUUGCAGAUAUCAAGCUUUCCUCUGCAGGCUGGGUGGCAGUGACAGCUCACACGGAAGAGGAAUUGCUGCUCCGAGCCUACACUCCCAAGGGCACUGCAUUGGUGGUGCGGGAGCCUCCCCUUCUGCCUUACAUCAGUACCAUCAGAGGGGCCCGGAUCCCAGGCACUCCUGCCUACAGGACCAAAAAGCCUCCUUCCUUUGUGGAAAACAUAAGGACCACUGGAAGCAGAUAGCGCUUCUCAUCAUCCGAGCAAGGCAGAAGACAGAAUAGCCCCUGGAGAACCUUGUGACUUACUGAUAUUCAGAAAACUUUGGACUCAUUUUGAAAGGCCAGCAGGCGCAUUUUGGAAAGCGGGGCUGGGGGGAGCUCCACAAGUCCACAUUUGAUCCGGUUGCUGAACUGCAGCCAUUAUGAACUGAGGGGCUGGGACCUUGCUGUGGGAGGGUAAAGAGCUUCUCCCUGAGAUCUGCAUUGAUGGGCAGAUCCCUUUACCUGUCCCUUUUGAAAUACAGGGUGGAACUCACCUGCCUGACCUGGUCUGACUUUGCUGCUCAUAGAGUAGGUGGUUUCUUGCAGGCAUGCUCCCUCUUGUCAGAAAUAGUUGCCUUGUUCUUAAGGUGUUUCCAUAGUUAGGAGGGUUGGAGGGAAUGCUCCAGUGUGUGUAUGACCCUCCUAGUGGCUGAUACUGAUUCAACAACAUCAACCAGAAGUCGUGUCCUUUCUCUCUCCUUCAGCAUCUGGAGCAGAUUAGGGUGUGCAGGAUCCUGCUUUUGGACACAGAAGUGAUUUAAUGAAAAGCAGGUCUGCUCAUAUGCCUGAAGAGGAAAGUUUUGCAAUUCACUGAUUUGGUUUCUGUAGCUUGGGUACAGGUUUUUGAAACCAAGAGUAUAGAAUAAAACUUCUCAAAGAUGAUCUUUUGUUGACCUAAUUGACAAAGAACUCUUUGUGUGGGCAUGAGCAUCUUGCUAAAUGCAUGAAAAUUCUAGUGCAAUAAUAAAAGUGCUCAAUCUGCCAAAGACAGGCAGACUGUGAGAGACACAUAAUCAGUCUGCUGAAAGAGGCAAAAAAAAAGUCUUCUAAUCUCCUUACCAUUUCACUGAUGUUUUCCUCAGUCAGUCCAUUGGUCCCCAGAGGUGGCUCUGCUGUCCUUGAGUCCUUGGUUGUUGUACUGAAGAAGCCUGGAUGAUCAGCAGAAAUCAUUGGCUCAUUCAGCAUCCUCUUCUCACCAUUGUUGCCUGUGGGAUGUAUUGGCAUUCCUUUAGUGAAACCUGUCCCUUUGCCCUGCUCUUUGUUUCCCCCCAUUUUCAGCCCAGACCCACCAUGUGGGUCUGUCUGCAGCCCCUGCUCAGGGCUGCUCUCUUCCCCUGUGUGAGGCUGCCAGGGCCUCCUGUGGAGUCACUUGCUGUGCUCUAGCACUCCCUUCACCUCUUCCUUGCCCUGCAUUGCUGCCUCCUUCGCUGCCCCCCCCACCAGGGGCUGGUGAGAUGGGGUGGGCCAGGCAGCGUCACGAUGGCUUUGAGAAGUGCUGGGUGCCAUGGGGUUUGAAAUUCAGCACUGUCUUGGGGGAGUUCCCUGUCCUUGCUGGUAGCUGCCCAGUUCUCCCUGUGUAGAAAAUCAGUUGUUCUUUAUGAAGGUCAAUCUGCUGACAGUGAAUCCAGGGAAUGUGGUUCACAUGUGUUCAGUUUGUGUCUAGAGUUCUUCCUGUACAUUAGACAAAAUUAUGUGCACUCUCACCUUGAUUUCUCAGAAAGUCUUUUCUAGUUCUUUCUAGAAGAAAAAAAACCUAUGGCAGCAUGUUCCCCACUGCUCAGGCUGUGGCUCACACAGUCUUCCUGUUUUCCUCUGUUUCUCUGUUGUGAAAGCCAGCACAUGUGUGGCCACUCCUAGGGUGUGCUUGGCAAGCAUCAGAGCACAGGCAGCAAGAUCCAGAAUGUGUUUUUCCAGCAUGGGUAUAUAGGAUUGUAGCUGUCUUCCUGGCUGGAUUUCUUUGUGCUGUUGGCAGGCCUUACUUUUGGCUGCAAAAAUUACUGAAGGAGUUGCCAGCAAGACUGGUGUGAGGGUUAUCUGUUUUAGCUGUACUAAUCUUCACAGUCCUGUGAUUUUCAAUUUCCCUUUCACAAAGGGAAAAAACACCAUCUUUUUAAUGUUUAAGAACAAGAUUCUAGAAGCUUUUUUUUUUUUUUUUGAGAUUCUUUUUAAAAUUACUUUUGUGAUGAUGGAAGAGAAAGUGCCAUAUUUUUCUCAACUGUUAUAACAAACACAGCAAAGCAACCCCUGUACAAAUUCUGCCCAUUCUUUUUGAGCAGGCCAUGGAUUUAUCAAGUACCUUCCUUGACUUGCUCAUAGCUAAAUGGGAGAACCAUGUUGCUUUGUGUAUUUCUUCAAGACUGGGUAUCCUGAACAUUUUUAAGCUGGCAAGAGGCUAAACAACUUCUUUUUGUGUGUAGAAACAUGUUGUUCAGCUUAUGUCUUAAGCAAGAAUACUGAGAAGAAUGCAAAAGAAUACUGAGACAGGGACCUUUGCAUCUUGAACAAAUGCCCCAAUCCAAACUCCUUCCAGGAUGAUUUGCAUCAAAUGGUGGUGAGAGAGAAAGAGUUUCAAGAUCUGCCAGAGCUGCCAACUUAAUAUCACAACCCAAAAGCAGGUGAAGGUAUUGAAAGAUAACAAAGUGACACCUAUUCCUUUUCAUCCUUGGCUGGUGUGACAGGUGUGUGGAUGAUGUACAUCAUGAGAAGGGGCUGGUAGACAGCACUUCCCCUCUGCACAUCAGGUGUGAAAGGCACUGUAGCUUUUGGAGGCAAAAGCCACUAUAAUGUUCUUGUGGGGGUGAUGCAAUUUUGCAGUUGCCUGAAUUCAGAGCUGUGCUUACAGGCCACAAAAAAAUUCAUCACUCUGUCCAGCUUCCAGCUUAAAAGUAGCUUUGGUACUGAUUUCCAUUGCUUAGCAUAAUAGUCAUGGGCUGCAGAGGUGAAUUCCCCUGGCUCUGCUUUUUGCUUUGUAAAGUUUUCACACAUUUGGUGGCUUUAGUUCUUUAGGAGCACUGCCUGGGGUGGUGUCACUCCAUUCCCAAUGUGAAACACACUGUAAUUUGCAUAUACUGUUCCUCAAACUUUUACAGAAGAAUAAAAGUUUGGAUUUGUUUCCAUCA